UGACUGCGGCAGAGAUGGAAGAGAAACGGCGAAAAUACUCGAUCAGCAGUGAUAACUCAGACACCACUGACAGUCAAACAACAUCAACUUCAAAAUGCUCCAAAAUUCCAAGUACAAAAUCUAGUUGGUCAAGGCAGAAGGAGAAGAAACCCUCAGAGGUUUUUCGCACCGACUUGAUAACAGCAAUGAAGAUUCCAGAUUCUUUCCAGCUGAGCCCAGAUGAGUACUAUAUCCUUGCUGAUCCCUGGAGACAAGAGUGGGAGAAGGGUGUUCAAGUGCCAGCAAAUACAGAAACAAUCCCAGAACCAGAGGUUAGGAUAAUACCUCUGCUAGAUCAUUCUUCAUCACAGACUUUUCCAAGGAACCUGUCCGGCUCUGAAUGUUCAGAUGCUUCCAGAACAUAUUCCCAGAGAGUAUGUCGCUAUGAUCUAGAUGAAAUUGAUGCAUGCUGGUUGGAACUUUUCAACAUGGAGCUCAAAGAAAUGGAAAAGCCAGAAAUGGAUGAAUUCACCUUGGAAAGAGUGCUUGAGGAAUUGGAGACUGUGUGCUCUGAGAAUAUGAAUAUUGCCAUUGAGACAGAAGAAGGCCUUGGGAUAGAGUACGAUGAGGAUGUGGUAUGUGAUGUGUGCCGUUCACCAGAAGGAGAAGAUGGCAAUGAGAUGGUUUUCUGUGACAAAUGCAAUGUCUGUGUGCAUCAGGCUUGUUAUGGAAUCCUAAAAGUUCCCCUUGGAAACUGGCUCUGUCGGACCUGUGCCCUCGGAGUUCAGCCAAAGUGUUUACUCUGCCCAAAGAGAGGGGGAGCCCUGAAACCUACCCGGAGUGGAACAAAAUGGGUUCAUGUUAGCUGUGCCUUAUGGAUUCCCGAAGUUAGCAUUGGAUGCCCUGAAAAAAUGGAACCGAUUACAAAAAUUUCACAUAUCCCAGCAAGCAGAUGGGCUCUGUCGUGCAGUCUUUGCAAGGAGUGCACUGGAACCUGUAUUCAAUGUUCCAUGCCUUCCUGCAUCACAGCCUUCCAUGUAACAUGUGCCUUUGAGCACAAUUUGGACAUGAGGACACUGUUAGCAGAAAAUGAUGAGGUAAAGUUCAAGUCAUUUUGUAUUGAGCACAGCACUGGUGCUACCAAGCCACCAGAUGAGGCACGGAUGGAGGCAGAUCAAGGUAAACUAGACAUGGAAAAGGUAACACUGAGAAAACAGAAGCUCCAGCAGUUGGAAGAGGACUUCUAUGAUCUUGUGAAACCUUCUGAAGUGGCUGAGAACCUUGAUUUGACUGAGUGGCUAGUUGAUUUUGUCUAUCAGUACUGGAAGAUGAAGAGAAAAGCCAAUUAUAACAAGCCACUGCUGAUGCCCAAGACAGACGAAGUGGAUAAUUUGGCUCAGCAAGAGCAGGAUGUAUUGUACCGGCGCUUGAAGCUGUUCACACACCUUAGACAGGAUCUUGAAAGGGUUAGAAAUCUUUGUUAUAUGGUAACAAAACGAGAGAAAAUGAAGCACUCCAUUUGCAAACUCCAGGAACAGAUUUUCCAUCUCCAGAUGAAACUUAUUGAGAAAGAUCUUUAUGCAGAGCAAGCUGAGAAGAGAACAAAAGGAAGGAGAAGUGAUCCAAAAAGAAAAGGAAGAGAUGAUAGAAAAAGCAGUCCUGAGAAGAAAGAAAAGAGAAAAUCAGGGAAUGAGUUAGUACUGGGACAGCUGGGCUUGUCAACUUCCUUUCCCAUUGCUGGGACCUUCUUCAAUAGCUGGUUGGCUCAAUCUGUACAGAUCACCACAGAGAACAUGGCAAUGAGUGAGUGGUCCUUGAACAACGGCCAUCGUGAAAAUACAACUCCAGGCCUUUCUGAGGAACUUUUACAAGAUGAAGAGACCUUACUAAGUUUUAUGAUGGAUCAUUCCUUGAAGUCCCCAUUGAAACAGAGUGACACAACCAAGAAAACUAAAAGUAAAAAUCGAACACACACUAAGAAAAAAACAGCAAGAAAUGGCUUAAAUGCCCUCUUUAAAAGACAUCAAGAAGGGGAUUCAAAUAAAUGGACUAACAGCAGUUAUUUGGCAAAUAACACCACGAAAUCUUUAUCCCAUGAUUUAAGAAACGGCAAGGCAGAGAAAAGUAUGGACAAGCUACAGUCAGAACGUAAAGGGGUAUGUGAAGUGAAAAAGUCGUCUAAGAAGGGCUCUUCUCAUCCAGCACUUCCUCUUCCAAAAGCAAAUGAUUCUCAAGCAUCCCCGAGUCUCAUAAAUAACCUAAACAAUGAUGAGGAUGUCAUGAAAUACACCCCAACUGAUCCUAACUCUCUGGUUCAAGUGCCUGAUUCAGUAGGUAGUCUGAAAACAGUGGUGAGGUUCAAAUUACCGAAAGAAGGCAAAGGGACUCAAAGACCACAGAACAAGAUGCCCGAAUUGCUUCAUGGACCUCCAGAAAAUGAAAGAUCAAAGGUUAUUUUGCAUCCUUUUGACAAUGAGACUGAUGGCUACUUUUCAGAUGCAGAAAUGAGUGACUCUGACACAGAAUCUGGAAGUGGCAGAGGGCACCACAGCCAGUUAGAUUCAGGAAAUGAGGAUAAUUUCAGAAUGAGUAUUUUAGCAUCUUAAUGCACCUUUGAGACCAGUCAUGACAGCUUUGUGAGGCUUAAAUCCAGUUAACAACUGCC